CGUCACCUGUCUGAGCUCCCUUCUGCGAAUCCAAGCCAAAACAGUCAACACAGUCAUUGAGACGGGUGACAUCAAGAGCCUGUGCGAGGGGCUGCAUGCCUGCAGCAUCGCCUCUCAGCUCCAGACCACGUCCAAAAUGGCAAGAAUUGUGUGCAGAAACUUCCCCCUAGAACGCACCGUUGACUUCAUGGCGGCCAUCAAGGAGACCAUCCGGAAAGCCAACGGAGUGCGUGUGCGUGCGUGUGGGAAGUGGAUGACCACCUUCCUGCAGAUGCACGGGAAGGACAUCUGUUGGAACGUGCCUCCGAUCCUCUACAUCCUGCGCAGCAUCACAUCGUUUGCGCAGCAGAGCACGUUCCUGCCCUUCCUGUGCCAGGCGGUGGUCAUCCUCACCCGCUGUCACACUGAGGCCGUGAUGAGCAACUUCUCCCGGCCGCUUGGGCCAACGGACAGUGAGACGUGGAAAAGAAUAAGAGAGUUUUGCCUUCAACGCUGGAGGCGGUAGAAGAACGAAGAGAAAGACAAAGAGGAAGAGGAAGGGAAGAGAAGGAGGAGGAGAAGCAAAGCGACGAGAAGCAAAGCGGAGAAGCGAAGAGAGAAGCGAAGCAAAGCGAAGAGAUACCAUUAAUCACAUAGAGAAUUGGAAUUGUAUUUGAAUUGUAAUUGAAUUGUAAUUGUAACACUAUUGUUAUUAAUAUCUUUAAUAAUAAAUAAAUAAAUAAAACCACUAUUUAUAUUAAUAUUAUUAAUACAAAAAAUCUCUCCGACAAUAGGAUUGUAAA